UGAAAUACCGUUACUUUGUUUCUUGGUGUAGCAAUAACUGAAAAAUUGGUCUCUCUGUUCUCUUCCAUCCACAAAGGUUACCAAAUCUCACGGCAGCACCACACAACCUUUGAACAAUUCAUAGUUACCUUAAACAUUCAGAAAACUUUAUAAUUAACCCCACACUAGUGCCGAUAUCUUAGGCAUUUUCACAUGUAACACAACUAUUCUCGCCCUCUUUUUCCUUCAUAAAUAAACUCUCUUUCUCUCAAAGUUUCUCAUUCAUCACUUUCACAAACAAUUUUCUCUCCCUUUGUUGCAACUAUGGCUACAUCUUCACCACCAUUGAAAGAUGAACUUGACAUUGUGAUUCCAACUAUAAGGAACCUUGAUUUCUUGGAAAUGUGGAGGCCAUAUUUUGAACCUUAUCAUUUGAUCAUUGUUCAAGAUGGUGACCCUUCAAAAACUAUUAAGGUUCCACCUGGUUUUGAUUAUGAACUUUAUAAUAGGAAUGAUAUUAAUAAGCUUCUUGGUCCUAGGGCUUCUUGCAUUUCAUUCAAGGACUCUGCAUGUCGUUGCUUUGGUUACAUGGUUUCUAAGAAGAAGUACAUCUUCACUAUUGAUGAUGAUUGCUUUGUUGCCAAUGAUCCAUCUGGAAAACAAAUCAAUGCACUUGAGCAGCACAUUAAGAACCUUUUGUGUCCAUCAACUCCAUUGUUUUUCAAUACCCUUUAUGAUCCUUUUAGAGAAGGUGCUGAUUUUGUUCGUGGAUACCCUUUUAGUCUUCGUGAAGGUGUCCCAACAGCUAUUUCUCAUGGACUUUGGCUCAACAUCCCAGAUUAUGAUGCUCCUACUCAGCUUGUCAAGCCUCUUGAGAGGAACACUAGGUAUGUGGAUACUGUUCUUACCAUACCAAAAGGAACAUUGUUUCCAAUGUGUGGAAUGAAUUUGGCAUUUGAUCGUGAUCUGAUUGGACCAGCUAUGUAUUUUGGUCUCAUGGGAGAUGGCCAGCCAAUUGGACGUUAUGAUGACAUGUGGGCUGGCUGGUGCUGCAAGGUAAUCUGUGAUCAUUUGGGACUUGGAAUCAAGACUGGUCUCCCCUAUAUCUUUCAUAGCAAAGCAAGUAACCCAUUUGUGAAUCUAAGGAAAGAGUACAAAGGCAUUUUCUGGCAGGAAGACAUCAUUCCAUUUUUUCAAAGUCUUGCUCUUCCAAAAGAAGCCACAACUGUUCAAAAGUGUUACAUUGAAAUGUCCAAACAAGUCAAGGAAAAACUUGGAAAGAUUGAUCCUUAUUUUGACAAGCUUGCAGAUGCUAUGGUCACUUGGAUUGAAGCUUGGGAUCAACUUAACCCUGCUAAAAAAGCUUAAGCCAAUGACAACUUCUAAACCAAUCUUGGUUAAUUACAAAUACAGCCUUUGGUCUUGAAUUUGAAUUUGAGUUAUUUAUAUACAUUAUGUACUUUAUUGUCAAGUAUUUUGUUUUUCAUAUUAUUCUGACUUAGAAUUUGCAGCAUUGUUAGCUGAAAUUCUAAUUUCAAACAAUAAAGUACAAUGAUCUAGGUCAUUGUUUACUUGUGAUUUUUGUUUUAUGAUGAGUGCUAGAGAUGAUUAUUGGACCUUAUAUCAUUUUGGAAGCAAUGUGUUUUUUUUUUAUGUGAAGCAUAUGUUAUUGGAAGAAUAUUAAUGUUUUUGUUCA